ACCACCAUCUAUCGUUUUUAAUCUUAUAUAUAUAUAUAUACAUACGCUCCUCCACUCUCUUGUAUGUACUUCAAUUCUCUCAAGGUCAAGAUCAAGAUCAAGAUCAAGAUCGACCACAUAUUCUCUCCCCUGAUUUCUAUCUCGAUCUCCAAUUCAAAGCUAAGGGUUAAUUUCUUUAAUACAAUAUAAUGGCUCCUCCUCAUCGUCAUCUCUCGCUCUGCUUACUUGUCUGCAUCCUCCUCAUCUCCUCUGCAUCCGCUUGCGAUCGCUGCGUCCAUCAAACCAAAGUCUCUUUCUUUUCCAAAGCUUCCGUCCUCCAGUCUGGCGCUUGCGGAUAUGGCUCCAUGGCUAUUGGUUUCAACGGAGGCCAUCUUGCUGCCGCAGUCCCUACCCUUUACAAGGAUGGUGAUGGUUGCGGUGCAUGUUUUCAGAUGAGAUGCAAGGACCCAAAUCUGUGUACUAAGCAAGGGACCACAAUCAUGGUUACUGAUCUCAACACUAAUAACCAAACAGAUUUUGUCAUCAGCAGCAGAGCUUUCAGAGCCAUGGCUACUCAGGGCAAGGAUCAAGACCUCCUCAAGCUUGGCAUUGUUGAUGUCGACUAUAAAAGGGUGCCUUGUAAUUAUAAAACCAAGAAUCUGGCGGUCUUUGUCGAAGAAACAAGCCAGAAACCUAAUUACCUUGCAAUCAAAUUCCUGUACCAAGGUGGUCAGACUGAAAUUGUUGCUGUUGACGUUGCUCAGGUAGGGUCCUCAAACUGGAACUUUAUGAGCAGAAAUCAUGGAGCUAUUUGGGACACGAGCAGAGUCCCCAGCGGGGCUUUGCAAUUCCGAUUUGUUGUGACCGCAGGAUACGACGGCAAAUGGUAUUGGGCUAAGAAUGUAAUGCCCGCCGAUUGGAAAAACGGAGUCAUAUAUGAUGCGGCUUUGCAAAUAACUGACAUUGCUCAAGAAGGUUGCUCUCCAUGUGACCACGAUGAUUGGACAUCUUAAUUUUUGUUGUACCUUUAUUUACUUUACAGAAUUAACUUCGCCAACACCAUUCAUACCCACCACCUUUAACUUUUACCCCAUAGAUAUAUAUAUAUAUAUAUAUGCACCAUGAAUAUACUUUGAUUAUUGCAUAUCUUGCAAUAAACUCAAAUGAUAAUGAAUAAUAUUUCGAAUUGAAUCACAAUAACAGUUUCUAAUGAAGUUAUAUUUG